ACGUGUAAAUAUUUUUAGGAAAAAUAAGUUUUUCGAUAAUCUAGGGCCCCUAGCUAUCCGGAAAUUUAAAUAAUUUAUAUCUGCACGUGUUGACAAGCAUUGGUGUUAUCUUUCAGUGUACAAGUUAUUUAAGUUUGCAGGAAGAGUAGAUUGAUUGGAAUUUUGUGAAGUGUUCAAUACUUUUCAUUUUCAUAUUUCUUCGGAAAGUGUUUUAAGCGGUGAAGAGGAUCAGUGAUAAGUGACAUUUUUUGAACAGAGUGACCAUGUCCUUCUUUAUCAGGAAAAAGUCUAAAAACCUUAACCUCACAAAAACUGCCGGAGGUGGGGAUGGAAAUAAUCGACUGAAAAACAAGGAUUAUAAACCACGACCGACAAAUAGAAAGAAACCUUUAGGAGGAAAGCGAAAGAAAGGCACCUUCCUUCAAGAGCCUGAAAAACGACCCCGGUUUGAUAAAGAUGAAGAAAUUGAGAGCAGUAGUUCCGAAGAUGAAGAAGUUUUGGAAGAUAAUCUUAACCACAAGGGAAAGCGAUCCGAUGACGAUGAAGACCUUUCUCACGACGAGAAUUAUGACGACACGGGUGAAACUGCACAAGAGAAGAAACUCCGCCUCGCCAAACUGUACCUGGAGGAGAUUCAGAAGCAGGAGAAGAGGAGGAGGCAACACAACGACGAAGAUGGCGGAGGUGACGACGACGACGAUGACGACACUUCUGCCAUCGCGUCAAAACUGAAGGAGGACGUUUUAGAAGCGGAGGGACGCCUGCGGAGAGAAGUUGCAGACCAGAUUGAGCCAGACCUUGAAAAUAUCUCUGUUCUGACGUGCUCAAAAUAUUUAAAGAGGUCUGUAACGUGCCUCUGCAUCACGGAGGAUGAUCGCUACAUAUUUUCAUGUUCCAAGGACGGUCACAUAUUCAAAUGGGACGUCUUAGAGAAGCGGAAAGUGGGCCUAAUCAAACGGAAAGAAGUCCUCAGCAAGAAACAGAAGAAGAAAAAUAAGGCCAACAACAAGUCAAACUCUGAACCGGAUACGGAUCCAAAUGCGACCCACACUUCAGCCAUUUCCGCCCUCGCUGUGACCAGUGACGGCAAAUUCUUAGCGAGUGGGGAUCACGAUGGAAAAAUCGUCAUUUGGGGGGCGGACGAUUUGAAGAGGAUUCACGUCUUUACGGGCCAUCGUGGUGGGAUUCGAGGUCUCACCUUCCGUAAGAAGAAGCACACCCUCUACUCCUGUUCGGACGAUAGGUCGGUUCGUAUCUGGGAUUUGGAUGCGAUGGGUUAUGUCGAGUCGCUAUUUGGACAUCAGGAUGCGGUCACCUGCAUCGACUCGCUCACUCGAGAACGCGUCGUCACGGGUGGUGGUCGGGACGGCACGGUGCGCGUCUGGAAGAUCGUGGAAGAGUCUCAACUCGUCUACAAUGGCCACCCCAAUGGCAACAUUGACUGCGUGAAACUUAUCAAUGAAGAAAACUUCGUCUCUGCCGGCGACGAUGGCACCAUUUCGACGUGGAACGUGAACCGAAAGAAGCCUCUCCACGUCACCACAAACGCACACGGCACGUACAAGUCGUUUCCUGGGUGUGAAAUUGACACUCCGCGUUGGGUGAGCGCUCUCACGGCAUGGACGAACACGGACCUCGUCGCGUCAGGCAGUUGUGACGGAGUUGUGAGGUUUUGGAGAGCCGGGGAGCGAUUCAAAUCCUUGGUGGGGGGCGUGACGGUGGACGUGGAGGGCUGGGUGAAUGCGAUGGAGUUUUCCAGCGGGACGGAGACGACGGCGGCUGGGAUGGAGAAAAAGGGCAAGUUCUUGGUCGUCGGGACGGGGAAGGAGAAUCGGCUGGGGAGAUGGUUUCCGGAUUGUAAAGCGGGCAAGAAUUCAGUGGUGAUUAUUCCCUUGAAGUAUAAAAAGAAGGGUGAAGAAAGCGAAAAGAAGUGUGUUGUUGACAUUGUCGACUUGGGUCAAAGAUCAACAUCGGCCGACACGGGGACGAUUAUUCAGAAUGGUGUGAAAGAUGAGGAGGACGACAUGAGUGAACGCAGUGCCAGUGUUCUUGGUGACCAACCGCACGACUUUUUCACAAUUUUUGAUAAAUAACUAUUCAUUUUUAAAUAGUUAGAUACAUACAUAGGUAAUUUAAUUAUGUAAAUUUUACAAAUGAGGAAAUUAUUUCUAUAAAUAAAACGCAAUAAAGAUAGAAUUUAUUAUUCCUAAAGUUAAAAUUGUUUAAUUCUUCGAGAGACAAAACGGUGCACUUUUUUUUACAUGAAAUUAAUUACGUACUUAUUCCCUACUUUUUGUUAUACUCGUUAAAAUUAUGGGGUCGAUUAAUUAGUGUAAUCAAUAAUUGGUAAUAAUUAUAAUUAUGUAGGAAUUAAUCACGACUCACAAAUACACAAAUUAACUAUGACUUAAUUAAACGGCUCAGUAAAUUAGUUUAUCAUAACUUUUUUCAAGUUUGUGACUGACUUUGGAUUUUGCAUGGAUUAGGAACACAUAUAAAUUAAAUAAACUUACUUCUCAUACAUAUGUGCACAUUUGGCUCAU